AUGCGUCGAGAGGAAAUCGUCAAAAAGGUCUUGUAUGUAGUAAAGCUGUUGAUCAUGAGCCUACUGUUAUGCUGUACAGCUACACAGCAAUGGGAGGCUACGGGCCAGCCGGAAGUUUCCAAAUUUGGUAUGAUGUUACAACGCCACAUUUUCAAGACGAUCGCGGGGGCUGGUCUUUCAGAUGUGUGCUUGCGGGAAUGCUAUACCGACGUCAGAUGUCAAAGUUUCAACUAUGUCUUUACGCAAGACAUUUGUGAGCUGAGCAACCGAACCAAGGAGGCCAGACCAGAGGAUUAUGUUCCGAACCCUGAGAGGUUUUACUUUAAGCGAGAUUACAAAAGAGUUCCUCUCGGCUCCAUUCCUGAGCUGCCUGCGGAGACUUGCCAGGAAAUCAAAAUGAGCGAAGGAGGAGAAGCGAAAAGCGGCAAAUACUGGUUUCACUCAAUUGUACCCAAGAGAACUUUUCUGGCUCCUUGUGACAUGAAAACUGAAGACUUUAUGGUGACGAAAUUUAACGUCAAUGCCUACUGCAGCAAUACCGUUGGUUCCUAUCGAUGCAUCUGUAAUCCCUGGUACCAGGGAAACGGAAAAAGCUGCUAUUUUCGUAAGUUUAACUAA